UGGUACAACUAGAAUGAAAACAGAAGCCGGUAGAGUUUUGUUUGUGCACACGGAAAUAAUUAAUAAUUAUUUGUUAUGGAGUUGCUACAGAGAAGUUCCAAAUUGUUCAGACAUUUUCACCUUUCCAUUAACACGUCAUACCCUUUAAAGCAUGUUAGAUGUAAAAGAUAUUCUACGAAAAGAGGUGAAAGUUUAAACAGUAAAUAUAAUGAAGAACAACGUCAAAAGAUAUUACAACAUUUAAAUCAGAGUACAGCUAAUGAACUUUUUGUUCCUCGUGUUAUGUUAAUGCAAAGAGCUGUAGCCAUUCAACAGUAUAGAUCAACAAAUGGUCAGUUUAACAGUAUAAGUGAUGUAUUAAAUAUUAGUGGCAUUGGACCACUUGUUUUAGAGAAAUACUGUGACUUUAUCAUCAAAUCGCCAGAGGUUUUAGCCCAAGAAAAAAAUGACAUUGGCAUUAAGAAAUCUCGAAAUACCUUAUUUAAUCCCAAAUUGUCAUCUGAAGAACUUAUGAAAAUAAAUACUGUAAUUGCAAUAGAUCUACAGUUAGAUCGUAUUACAUGGGCAAAGAUAGACAGAGAUCUUGUUUUACAUGACUGGUCACAUGCCUUAAUACAUCACAGUGGUUAUCAAAAAUUUAAUCAUGCUGCAGUUUUGGAAAAGUUGCAAGAAAUAACACAGACAAUGUCAGAUGGAGACGUCUUUGUUAUGGAGAAUAAACUGUUCCGAAUCUCAAAUUUAAAGGUUGUGCCGUUUGCUCUUAAUUUCCGUGUUUUGGAAGCCAUGUUGUUGACGGUACUCAGUAUGUCUUUUAAUAAGAAUAUGGUUACGAGUAAACCGAAUGAUAUAGGAAAUUAUUAUGGGUUAAUCAUCGGUGGUGAGCGUGUCAGUGGUAUCAAUUUACUUAAAGAUCUGUUUCAGAAUAAGUCAGAACAUUUAAAUUGUAAAAUAUCUAAUGAAUUCAGGACUUUAUAUUACAAAGCAGAAAAUGUACAACAAGAAUAUUAUACUAAUAGUCUACUGUUAGCUAAUGCCUAUCAUAAACUUGUUUUAAGAGAAGCCGAAUAACUAGUCUGAUAGUCUACUAUUAGUUAAUGCCUAUCAUAAACUUGUUUUAAGACGAAUAACUAAUCUAAUAGUCUACUAACACACUGUAUGGCGUAUGCACAUCUUUAUUAGUGUGCACAUCUUUAUUAGCCCAGUCGGAGCAGAACAGUAGGACUUAACCCCAUUCAUUCUAUCCUGUGAUACAAAACUUCUAUUCCACACUGACAAACUAAGAGGAUUAAAUCUGGAUGUAUUAAACUGUUUGUUUUCUGUUAUUGUUAACCUAUUUUAUGUACAUAUAACACUAUUUAUUAAUUAUUAUUUUAUUAUAAUAUGUUCCUAAAAUACUGAAUUUCUAUUUUGCUAUAAAUGAUUAAUACGAUUGAAGGCAAUAAUAGUUCCUCAAUAAUAAUAUGUCCAUUAAUUAUAUGGUGCUAACUGGCUAUUAAGUUUUUUGUCAAUUUUUGUAAUUUAUUUAUGAUAACUGAGUAAAGAUUUUAUUUAAAUACCUGAAUUAUUGUUAUUAGAUUUGAUUCUAGACAUAUUUUCUUAAAUGUUACAGAACAUCUACUGUCUGGGCCUUAUUAAAGAUACAUUAUGAGAGAUUAGAUAAAGAGCUGGUAGUUCUCACUAUAAUAGUUAAAAACUAGAUAAUUGAUAAUCUCUGAACCGAGAAUUUAGCGAUUGAAUUUGGGCAGAGGCCUCGAUCAUCAUUACUAAAAUCGGUACGAUAAAAAACAGUCUCGUUUAUCCAUUUCAUCAUUAAAUCAUGAAUGAAAGUUGAGCAGCAAAUCAGAUCCUAAUCCAAUAAACAUCGCAGGCUAGCGAUGACAUCGAGAGUUGAUUACGGUCUGGAUAAAUUAAUAAUUUAGAUUUCAUUUCAGGCCUGAAGAAAGACCUGCAAUAGGCAGAUUUAGCACUUGCAUAAUGUAUAUUUAAAGAUGCUUUAUAUAAAAGCGAAAUCUGCACAUUUAGGGUCUUUUUUCAGGCUUCAAAUUUUAUAUAAAUUAUUAAUUAGACAUUUAUUCACAUGACAAGUCCAUAAUCAUCUUUCUAGACCAUCCAAUGGUUGUGAAUUGUGAACGGCCAGCUCUUUAUCUAAGUCUUACAUAAUGCUUCUCGAUAUCCAGAGAUACAAUAUCAUUUAUACGCAAAACUAUAUUCUGGCAAAAUACAGACUCUUAGAAAUUUAGAAAUAUGUACUCUGAUAGUAAAAUUUUAGGUUUUAAUUUAUAAUGAAAUAAAACAUAUAAUCUUUACAAAAA